GAGCUACAAAUGGAAAAGAGAAGACAUCUGCUGAGAAUGGUUGCUACAGGAAUAACUUGAUUAAUUUAUGAGACUGUUUUGCACACAGUGCCUGCAUGCAACUUGUGAAACUUGUCUGCUGGCAAAAGCUUACUGUAUUGUCAGGAAAACCAGGUUCAGUGAGAACAAAGAGGAGGAGUGAAAUUGCCUGGAAGAAUGGAGUCUGUAAAAUUAAAGAUGGGCAGAAGAAGGUUCAAGAGGAAUUUGACAUAGACAUGGACGCGCCAGAGACAGAGCGGGCGGCUGUGGCGAUACAGUCCCAGUUCAGAAAGUUCCAGAAGAAAAAAGCUGGGUCCCAGUCUUAGUAGCUACCUCACAGCUUAAAACAAAGUAAUCUGAAAUGAUUUAUCAAGAAAAUCAGAAAUAACACAAAGAUGCAUGUACAGAAAUUAUCAAUAUUUAAACCCCCAUUGGCAGAUAACAAACCGUAAACUUGUGUGUGACUUCAUCCCAGAUGUUUCACGCCCAUUAUCCUCUGUAACUCACCACUUUACUUGAUGUUGUAAUAAAAAGUUAGGGUGAAGUAAUUAAAGAGUCUGCCUUCAUCUGUCUUUUCAUAUUAAUCCCGCAACCACAGCGUUACAAAUGAGCUCAGCCCAGAUGCCUGUUUUCCUCUUCAUGUAAAGCCUGGAGACAUAAACAACACCGUAUGUUACAAGGUUUUUGCUGGGGGAUGAGAGCAUGCAUCUCAGCCCAGCUUACCUCAUUUGGGGAAUUCCAGCUGCCAGCCAAAUGUGACAAUGAAAUUACUUUCUCAUAAUGAGCUGAAAGUAAAAAGUUGCAGACAGAAGCUGGCAUGAGGGGAAGAGGUGUAGGAAGCACUGAGCAGUCUAUUUUUGUCUAGUGAUUAUGCCAAUAAGUGGCUUAAGCGGGGAAAUUGUCCCUGUCCUUCUUCUUUGCAUUGUAAUGUUCAGAAUUACCCAGCUUGGACCACACUGACUGUUAUGGAAAACCAGAAAUCAGACACAAAAUA